AUGGGGUGGCGGUGGCUCCCCCUUGCCACCCCCAGUUCCGCCACUGCAGAUGAUAGAAUUGUACAAAAGAACCCUGUCAAUGCCACAGAUGAUAGAAAUGUACAAAAGACCAUUGUCAAUGCCACAAGAAUCUCUCCACAAAUGGCUAAAGUUGCAGAUAAUGCAACAAAGACUCUCAUCAACGACACCAGCAUCUCUCCACCAAAAGCCGAAGCUGAAAAAUUAGAAACAAGAAAAGUAGAGCUAGAGCAAGAGCAACCACUAUGUGUUUCAGAAGCAAGAACUGAAUACUGCCAACCCCAAGGAGAUAUCCGGUGCACCAAAUAUCACAGCAUUCCAGCAGUAAUAUUCUCUACUGCAGGAUACACUGGAAACCAUUUCCAUGAAUUCAGUGAUAUUGUCAUUCCACUGUUUUUGACUUGUAGACUAUUUAAUGGACAAGUACAGCUUAUCAUAACUGAUAAGAAGUCUUGGUGGAUUUCCAAACACCAAGCGUUUCUUAAAAAACUGUCUAACUAUGAAAUUAUUGACAUUGACAGAGAUGAUGAAGUGCAUUGCUUCUCUAAGGUGAUCAUUGGCCUUAAAAGGUAUCAUAAAGAGCUAAGCAUUGACCCACAGAAGUAUUCCUAUUCUAUCAAAGACUUCAUGGAGUUUUUGAGAAGUUCUUAUUCACUGAAGAGAGUGGGUGCAAUUAAAAUUAGAGAUAUUGGUAAUAAAAGUAAGAAGCCUAGGCUCCUGAUUCUCUCCAGAAAAACAUCAAGAUCCUUCAUUAAUACAAAUCAAAUAACAAAAAUGGCUAAAGGGUUGGGUUUUAGAGUAAUUGUUCAUGGUGCAGGUCUUACUAACAUACUUUUCCUUCCUCAAAAUGCAAUUUUCAUCCAAGUUGUGCCUUUUGGUGGAAUGCAAGUGGAAUGGCUUGCCACAAAUGAUUUUGCAAGGCCCUUAGAGAAUAUGAACAUAAAGUACUUGGAAUAUAAAAUAAGGUUGGAAGAAAGCACUCUUAUACAACAGUAUCCAUUAGACCAUAUGGGAUAUUCAUAG